AUCAAAGUUCAGUACGUAUGUAAACUUAUCGCAAAUUGUAUGUACAGAUAACGUAAAUAUCCCGGCAGAUGUCUCUAAUUUGUUUCGUACUUGCGCUGUAGAUCUUUCAGAGCUCGAUCGACGUUUGACGUCGGUGGAUCGCGCGUUCGCGAUAGAUCUUUCGUUUCUUUUCUAACAUCGAAGAUGUUCGCUUAAGCGCAGAAAGAAAAUCAGAUCAGAAUCAAUUAAUCCUUGGUGUCGUCUCUGGCGAAUGACAAAUGAUCGAGUGUAAUUACCCUACUGCGUUAUGUCGGCGUCAAGUGAGUACAUUUGUCAAUUAUCUGUCGAGGAGAGAGCGUACUUGGCGGCUAAUUUGAAUGAAACCGACGAAGUCAGACCAAUUAAAAUUGCUGAAAUAAGACAAUGGAUUAUGGAGAGUGAAGAUCUACGUGCUCCUACUGAUGAUUUCUUUAUUCUUCGUUUCCUGAGAGCUUGUAAAUUUAACACAGAGAAAACGAAAUCUAAAUUGUGGAAUUAUUACAAGCAAAGAGCGAAUCUUCCGGAAUGGUACAGCAACAGAGAUCCAUCUCUACCAGUAUUACAAGAGCUGUUUGAUUUAGGGGUGUUUCUGCCUUUGAAGAAAUUAGAUGACGAAGGCAGAAUGGUUGUGAUAAUACGUGCGGCAGUACAUUCUCCCAGUAGGCACAAAAUCUCAGACAUGUUGAAGGCAUCGUUAAUGAUUCUGGAUCUAGCGUUACGAGACCACGAGUCCGUAACGAUUCACGGUAUAACGGCUAUCUUGGACAUAAGUGGAAUUACAUAUGAGCACGUUCUCCAAUUACCGCCGAAUGUUAUUAAAAGCUUAGUACACGCAUGGCAGGGCUGUUAUCCCGUUAGAAUUUACUCGCUAGAUUUUAUUAACGCUCACAGAUUCUUAAAUGUGGUGUUGAACAUUUUCCGAAGCUUCAUGGUUGCAAAGUUGAAACAAAGAAUACACAUCCAUACAAAUGGUAAAUUGAAAUUAUAUGAAACUUUGCCAAUAAAUAUAUUACCAAAGGAAUAUGGCGGUAUAAAUGGAACAGUGAAGGAAUUAAGCGAGUACUGGAAGCGGGCGGUUGAGGAGAACCGGGAGUGGUUCGUCCAGGAAGAAAAAUACAAAUUGACGUUGAUUAAGUGACUACAUUGAGUCUAAUUUACUACUCAAUGAGAGAUUACAUAUGCAAUUGUUCGGAUUGUUAAUAGAGAAUUGCGUGAUAGGCGUUGAAAUAUUUUUUAUUUUUUUGUAAAUGACUUUUAUACAGAAAAUAGAGAACGGGAAACGGAAAUGUA